AACUGAUACGAAAAUACGGCGAAGAAAGCUGCAACACUUGAGGGCGCAAUGCAUUUACCCGCGCUUUGCACUUUUGGAUAUCCAUGCAACUUGCAAGUCAUCAUCAGUUGACCAGAACGUUUCCCACAGACACACGAAGAUGGUGCAUCACCAUGGCACACUUUGAUGAGAAGAGCGGCAUCGUUCCCUGCCAGACCCCCUGGGGUCAGUGGUACCAGACUAUGGAGGAAGUGUUCAUCGAGGUGACCGUGCCGGAGGGUACAAAGGGCAAGAUGGUGACGGUGACCUUUGCCCCCAAACAGCUGAGCUGCACAGUCAGAGGCGAAGUUGUCUUUAAGGGUGAACUCCACGAAGCUGUUAUAUCAGAUGAGUGCACCUGGACACUUGUGGACAACAAACUAGUCCAGAUAGUCCUGACCAAGUCCCGGCGGUCAGCCGAGAACUGCUGGCGCAGCUUGCUGAAAGACCAGUACACGGCCGACCCCUUCACCUACGACCAGAUGGAGAAGAAACUCACCCUGCAAAGAUUCCAACAUGAGAAUCCUGGCUUUGACUUCAGUGGGGCGGAGAUUACUGGCAACUACUCUGGAGGAGGGCCAAGCUUUGACCCUUAAUCGCAGCAAGCCUUACUAUAUGAGCCUGCUUAGGUGGACAUUAGGACAGACACAUCCCUCAUGGAAGUCUUGUACUUGAUUAGGGAUGUGUCACACAAGGCAGAUUUACAGGAAACUGGUACAUGACGCAAUCCAGGAAGAAAAUGACCAGCGAAUGUUUAUUCCUUACACUGUUUUGAGGGGGAUUCCCAUAUACUGUCCCAAGUUGGUAUUUUCUUCCACCGAAGUUCCAAAAGUUGCUUUUUAAAACGUCCUUGUGUACCUAAGCUUGGUCCUUACAAAAUAAACUUGUUAUCUAAACCUAUAUUCAUAAGUUGAUUGUGUGUUUAGUUCUGAAGAUAUGUCCCUAUAUUCAUAAGUUGAUUGUGUGUUUAGUUCUGAAGAUAUGUCAAUUCUGCUGAUACAAUUUACACUUCUAUUUAGCAUUGUCUUAGGCUGAUCAUCUACUUGUUAAGUAAAAUGUACAUCUACGUAUCUGGCAGAACAGAAUCGGUUGGUACACUGGAAAUCCAUUUCUUUUUGGUAGCGGACAACUCACUAAAUACUGAAAGACAUUUCAGUGCUAUUACUGCCAGCGUUCAACCCACACUGACACUUCUAAAAAGAGAUUAAAAAGCAGUUUUAAUUUGUUUACAACUCGGCAUUAUAAGAUUGAUGACAAUCAUGCAGUUUUCAAAUUCCUCCUGCUCAUCAGCUUUUCCCCUUCUGUCUUUUUUCUGUCUCUGUAGUACAUUGACCAGUACUUAUGACAUCAAAUCCUGCAGGAAUCCAAGCUUUCCUGGAGCGACAGGUAAAACAAAAAUGGACAGACUCGUUCAAAAUCGAAUCCAGUGGGUGGAAAAAAAGAUUGGAUAAGAGCAGAGUACCAACCGAUUCACUGUAUAUGCAAUGAGGGACAAUCAGGUUAUCGGUUAAUCAAGUUGAGCAACGAAAAAAAUUUGACUGAUGCAAGAAGUGAGCAUGAGGCCACCGGAUAAAGUUCAGGAGUUAUGUUGUUAUAAAUUAACAUAUUGGCCACCUAGGCAACCUUAAUUCCAACUCCUGGGCUGAAUUCCGUGGAAUUGCCAAACAGAAAUAUUGCUUUAAUAGCAGAUUUAAGUACUUUAGCGAAAGCUAGCCGAGAACCAGUUACAAGCAAAUUCCAAUCCCACAGCAUUUUAGCUGGUAACCCAUUUCUGCUAAGCAAAUAUUUUCUGUGCUCAGAUACAUUGGCCCUUGGACGGUUUCAGUACUGGUAUAAAUUGUAAAUUAAAUUUGACAAAAUUGUAAAACUGACCCCUUUGCCAGGCCAGCAGCCGAUUUCACGAAACUUUACGCAAAGGCGUAAGUCCACUUGCGCCACAAUUUAUGGCGUAAGUUGCACAACAUUUCAUGCUGCGCAACAUUUCAGCUAUGACAAUUUCACGAAAGUUUCAUAGUGAGCAAGUCCACAAAUGCGCAACUGAUUAUGGCGUUACUUGCGCAAUCAUUUUAUGUGGCGUAAGUUGUGGCAUAGCGACUGAAAAUGACCUAUUUUAGCAACAAGUCGUGAUCGUCGUGGAGCCUGGCAUUACACAACAUAUCAUGGUUGAUACAAUACACUCACAGCUAGCUGUGUUUGAAGUAAAUGAAUUGCUAUUUUACUUACGGCAACAUUUUUAGAGUUGCGGUAUGAUUCAGACAAACCUACAUUCAAAAUGAUGGGCAGAGGUAAUUCAACGACUGCAUCGUGAGCGAACAAAAUUAUACACAAAUUGCCCUCGUAAAUGCUGUUAUCCUGGUCCAAGAUGUUCAGAUUAUUUAAAACAUUGCGCAGCUACGCCAAGUUUUGUGAAAUCGAUUGCAAGUUUAUUGCAUAGCUGCGCAAUAAUUUUGUUGCGUAAGUUACGCACUGUUUCAUGAAAUCGGAUGCAGGUCAUGAAUGGAUCAUAACCUGUCAGUGCUCGAUCAUUUUGCUGAAUAAGUAGCCAUGCAGGAGUUUUCCUUUGGGAUUUACUUAAGUUUGCUACAAGUUUUGUGUUCCCCCAAGUCAAUUGAGGCUCGGGUUCUUUAAACCAAAAUGUCUGAGAAAUUGGGAGCUAUGAAAUUGGUCAGGCUAUCUGUUGGUGGCAGUGUUCGGGUUCAAGAUUUUGUCAGAGUUAGUUUGAUUUUGACACCAACAUAUCUAAAAGUGCUUACUCAGUUCAUGAUUGAAUAAUGGUUUUAUUUUUAUCUCACCGAUGUACAUAGCUGACAUGCAUUUCCCCUUUUAAAAGACAUGUACUACUAGCAUUUAAUGUCUCUGUGAGAACAGGAUAUACCAAAGCUUACACAGAAUGUUUUAUUUCUUAAGAAAAUUUGAAUGAUGAAAUGUGUAUAAGAAAUAAGCAGAUAAAGGUGCAUAAAAUAAUUGAUGUGCUCAACAAGAAACUUGUCUAAUAAACAGACACAAGUUAUACAUAUUGCGUGAUUUUUUUGGCUGGUUUUAAACCUUUCUACUAUGAAUUUCCAAUCCUGCGUUUUGCAAACUUUUCUUUUAAGAAAUUGUAUGAAAAUCGGGUCCUGGUUCGGUUGCUUAUAAUUUGCAGCCCCGUUUGACCAAGUCAAGGAUAUUUUGUUGUUGUGAAAUUUGCUACAGUUUCUAAUGAUAGUUCGCGAAACGAAGCUUACACUGUACCCAGUUGCCGUUGACACUUUAAAAAUAUAUAUUUUGGCUCUUUAUUGAACAUAAGUCUAUUCUUGUUGCUUUUUUACCUCAAUUUUCAGCUCUAAACCAAGAAGUCAUUUAAGAUUAUAUGUACCUUUCUAAUAACUAUAAGACAAAAACAAAUCUUAUUGAUAAAUCAUGAUGACCGCUUUAUCAACAACUUUUAUUUAUGAAAAGAAUAUAAAUUAUGGAACCUAUACAUUCUUUGAUAGUCACCGAGUAUACAAAUAAACUCAAGUCUUGAAAAUGUCAUUGUAUAUUCUGUAAUAUAAAAAAAUAAUGGGAAAAGUUCCAUUUUGCAUUCAUAAAAAAAAUGCGUGAAAACACAGGUAAUAAUUAUGCCAAAAAGUAGAAUAAAGAAUGUGUUGUUAAACAUUACCAUUUAUUUUGAUAAAAGUUCCGACAUUGUUUUUCUACAUUACAUACUUGUGAAACCUUGAUUUACUAUUGUGAGGUUACUGAUGAAGAAACAAAUGAAAAAGAUGUCUUUUCUUGUUCUUGUUUUCAAAAAAUUUUCUGUAAAUUUUCUUUAAAUGUUUUCAAAAUAAAUUCUUCUUUAUCUAACAAAAGUUUAAAUCAUGGUGUCCAGUGUAACUUGUGCUAUUAGAUUCACUGGCAUUAGAUUUGAAUACAAAUAAAGAAGCAUCAUGCUACGUUUUAUAUCAGUUUAA